AGCUUUGAAAUAGCUAAACGCUAUGCUCCAAAGAAUGAAGAAACAAUACUUGGAAUUGUCAAGAAUGGCAUUUUCCGAGGAUAUGCAAAAGAAGGAACCUCGUCUGAUGAGGUUGUUCAAGAGCGAAUGAUCCCAGAUCCAGACAAAGCGAAAGCAAAAGAGAUUGCCACCUGCAUUAAUGUAAUACAUGGCCGUAAAGAGGAUGGUCAAGAGCUAGAAACUAAAAUAAAUGACAUUACUGCACUCAUGAGACAACUAUCCCAGUCGAAAGCCAAUUUAAUGUGUAUUACCAUGGAUGGGCAUGCAACAUUGGAGUCAGCUGAACGAAUGGUUCAAAGAGCAAAUGAUUGGUUCCAUCAAAUGCUGGAUGAUUUGGAAAAGCGUAUCAGAGAUGAACGGCGAAUGAAGAGGAGGUUUCGUCGGCAUAUAAAGCGGUUGCUGAAACCUGUUAGCGUCAACCUAUGUAUUGAAUAUAAAUACGUAAGUGUUCAAACUAACUACACACUGGAUGGCAGCAUGAUCGGGAUGUCGGAUCUUGCCAUGAUAUACGAAAUUGUGGAUAAGUUGUGUGAUCUCGAACUUCUCUACGAAACACUGAGCUUUUUGGAGAAACGAAUGAAAGUUAAUGAAAAGACGAUUGCGAUGUCUAAGGAAAACAUGCGUAAUGCACGGAAAACGCUUGCUAUGCUUACUGCCUUGGAUUAUAAACGGACAAUUCGAUCACAGCAGCCACCCAUCGACACUCGCGAUUACACUUUGGCAGCUGAGGUUGCGACGGCAUUCCACCUUCUUGACAGAAAUAUUUUACGUAUAAGGCCGUUCAUAGCGCGUUCAGCAUUAGCAUCUACUCUCAUCGAUGUUGUAAGCACACAAAUGCGAGGAAUUCACAAAGCUAUUGUUGAGGAGGUUUGUUUUGCAUUCUAUUCAAGUAACAAGUCACUAAACUUAUCACUUAAAGGUGCCAAGGCAUUCGCUAUUGGAGUACAAUGCAAGGAUAGAGACGGAAAACGCGAAAUUAUCUAA